UGUGUGUGUGUAUUAACGGGCAGCUGCUCAAGUCUGUGUUCUGUGUCCUGAGGUGUGCUUCUCUCCUCUCCUUGGCCUCCUGAGCACUGAUCAUAAGAAAAGUUCACUUAUUUUGAUUUUAAAACACAGUACACCCCCCGCAACCCCCACUCCCCAACAGUGUCCUUCCUUCCUGCCGCACUAUAAAGAGCACGAGAAAAGAGCGCCAAAGAUGGAAGAUGCCGUCCUCACUUGCAAAAGAAAAAGGGAGGUGAGAAUUGAAGCCGACAUCAAAGAAGGGUGUGUGUUCAGCAGAGGUGUAUGUGAGAUGGGGCAUCAGCGGGGGGGAUCUUCCCUCUUCAGGAUGUCUCUGGUCCUGAUGUGACUUUGAUGAGCUGCUCAAAGCUCAGGUGCUCUGGAGCAGGCCGGCCCGCGGUCGUGUAUCAUGAGUAAGGGUACUUGCUGGAGUUUGCUGCUUUUGAUGACUUUGAGAAAUUGAUCUCGGUGCAUUGAGCUGUGGUCAGGGAUUAAAGUUCUCCGUCGUUACGACGGAUUUCCGUCAAUUGGAGCGAGUCAUUGACGGAUUUCCGUCAAUUACAGUGUUCCGCUUGUUCUUAAUUUUUUUUCAUGCUCUUUUCCUAAUUUUAAUGCUGUAAAUAUAGGCAUUUCUCAAAUAGUGUAAUAAAUGUCUUAAUUUUAGUUUGAAUAGGUCUUAAAUUAAGAAAAGAAGUGUAUUCAGCCUGCUGAGGAGGAAAAAAAUUUUGUGAUCAAAGCCUGGAGUGGAGCAAAUGCACGUUCCUCUCUCCACUCUAAGCGUUUUAGCAUCACUCCGCUAUGGAUCCACUCCGGGUUUUGGUAUAGUUUCAGAGAAGUACAUGUCAGGCUACGGCUGAGGUAAGUUAUUUAUAUUUAAGAUAGCAUGGACCCAUUUAUAAUGCAGGAAGGCUCCGAUGUUUCGGAGAUCGAAAAAAGUGUAAAAAAUAAAUGGAGAUGGGCUUGGCUUAGCGAAAUUGGGGAGAAUGGCAAGCCUUUUAGUUCGUGGGCAAAAAAAAUUAAACAACCAGGUACGUGUCUUUGCACAGUAUGCCACAGGAAACUUCAAUAUGGCAGUAAUGGCAAAAAAGUGCUAGCUCGCCAUCAGUCAGAAGCCAGUCACAAUGCCGCCGUUCGUGCUCUACAGUACACUUGCUCCCUGCCUGGUGCGACAAGUACCACAACGGAGAUUCAUGCAUCUAUGGCCGACCGUGUGUGCGAUGUAAAAGUGCGCGUAUGUUCUUUCAUAGCGGAGCAUGACCUGUCGUUCACAAUCUCACAACCGCUAGUUAAUUUGAUGCAGUCAGUUGUCAAAGACAAGAGUGCACUUUCAAGAUUGUCAAUGUCUAAUGCACAUGCCUCCUACUUGUGCACACAUGGUAUUGCUGCUUAUUGGAAGUCCGAAUUGUCAUCUAAGCUGAAAACGAAGAUGUUCUCAUUAAAUGUAGAUGAGGCAACAGAUGGAAACAUGGACAGGAUUCUGAAUGUUCUUGUUCGGUACUAUGAUGAAGAUGUGGGAAAAGUGGCAACCCAGCAUCUAGCCUCGAGGAAACUGAAUAUCGCAGAUGCCUUAUCAAUCACAAACACAUUGACAGAUAUUCUCCAGUCAUAUAGCCUGAACUGGAAUCAGGUUGUUGGUAUACUGUUGGAUAACUGCAGUGUGAUGAGAGGGAAAAAGUCUGGAGUAGAGACACUAGUCAGAAGAGAAAAUCCAUCAUUGCUGGAUGUCAGCGGAGACACUGUCCAUAUGGUCUCGAAUGCAGCCAAGGCCCUUUUAAAUACUUUCCAGGGAUUUGUGGAACAAUUUUGCUCUGAUGUAUACUAUGACAUUGAAAAAUCACCCAAACAGAAAGAAAUUUUUUCUGAGUUCCAGUCCUUACUUCAUUUGGAGAAUAAGAGCCUAAUACGUCCCAUCAGCAGCAGGUUCCUGCAAAUGUUAGAUGUGUGCAACAGAAUACGGGACCUUAUGGAUCCAUUGACCGUGCACUUCUACAGCGUCCUGUCUUCUCAUGAUCAACACAAACACAGAUGGCUCCUGAACCAGCUUCUUGAUAAGCAUGCAGUUACAUCUGAUGAGAAGGCCAGGAUAAUAUGUCUGCAACAGCAAAUAGCAAAAUCUGCGAGGAUAGGAAGUGAUGUCAACAAAAAACGAAAGACACGCAUCUGUAUGCUUUUUUCCGAGUUCGACAAGCUCACAACCAUUAUUGAUUUGUAUCGAGGUGUACUUCCAACUUUCCAGGUGUUCCUGAAGAAGUUGCAACAUGAAAAGCCCAUGAUUCAUGUGCUGCAUGCUGAAAUGCUACUGCUGGUUAGGGAACUUCUCUCCAAAUUUAUGAAGCCUGAAACUAUCCCUUUGAGUGCAAAUGGCUUGUUGAAGCUUAAUGUUCACCAGAGAGACCUGCAGUACACUGACAAAAGGUUGUCUGUGGGAAGAUUCAGCUUCUUUGCCUUAAACAAGGCUAGAGUGGAAAAGAAGCCCUGGGUGCAGAAGCUCUACAGUUCUCUCAGAGAAGGCUACAUAAAGGCAGCAACAUUCCUCCUGAAAAACCUGCCCCUCAACAACAUCAUCAUCACCUCUUUAUCUGCGUUGACACCAUCAUUGAUUCUCCACGAAUCAGUCCAAGGUGCAUUCAACACCUUGGCCAAGGCCUUGCCAAAUGCUGUGAAGUCAGAAGAGUUGGGUCAACUGGAUGAAGAGGUUCGAGCCUACCAGAUUAAUACAGAUCUAGGAGCACAGGCCAAAUGCUUUGAGGAGAACAAUGCACGAAUCGAUGUUGACUGGUGGAGUAAGAUUUUUGCCAUGAAGAUGACAGGAGGAGGAACGAGGUUCCCCAUCUUAGGGAAGUUGGUAAAGGCUCUUCUGUCAUUGUUCACUGGCCCUCUUGUAGAAGGAUCAUUUAACAUGAUGGAUGAUAUAAUUGAGAAAGACAGGGUUAGGCUGAACAUUGAGACUUAUGAAGGUUUAGCCAUUCUCAAGUCCAACAUGAAGGUAAUGGGCAAAACUGCAUCUAAAAUGCAAAUUACCCCUGCAUUAAGGAGAUUUUGCCUGUCUUCUUAUGAGACAUACCAAAAUCAUCUGAAGAAAAAGAAGGUGAACCUUGACAAUCAAAAGGAAAGGAAACUGAGGGAAGCUGUGAAGGUUCUCUCAGAAGUUAGGGUUAGAAAAGUAAAGAAAGGUUCCACCUCUUAUGUUUGUGCUAAAGCCCCCACCUCUUCCACCCUGGGAGUUAAACGAAUAGCUGCUGCUACAGCCUCCACCUCCUCCACUGCUGGAGUUAAAGGUAAAUCUGCUGCUACAGCCUCCACCUCCUCCACUGCUGAAGUUAAAGGUAAAUCUGCUGCUACAGCCUCCACCUCCUCCACUGCUGGAGUUAAAGGUAAAUCUGCUGCUACAGCCUCCACCUCCUCCACUGCUGGAGUUAAAGGUAAAUCUGCUGCUACAGCCUCCACCUCCUCCACCUCUCCUGGAGCCACUCCUGCACAUGUAGCUAGUCAAACACUAAAACGGGUUUCAGGUGUAGCCAAGCUUCAGGAAUAUGGUUUUACAGCCAAAAAGCAGAAAAAGUGAAAAGCACUCUAGAGGCAUUUGGACAAGAAAAGCACUUUUUGGAAUUUAGUGGUGGUGCUGUUACUUUUUUUUUGCUGUUAAUUAUUAAUAGUUUCACAAAACAUUGUUUGGUGUUAUAAGAUACAUAAAACAUGCACUGAAAAUACACUUUUUGAAAAAGCACUUUUUGGAAUUUAAUGGUGAUGCUAUUACUUUUUUUCUGUUCAUUAUUAGGAGUUUCACAAAACAUUGUUUGGUGUUAUAAGAUACAUAAAACAUGCACUGAAAAUACACUUUUUGAAAAAGCACUUUUUGGAAUUUAAUGGUGAUGCUAUUACUUUUUUUCUGUUCAUUAUUAGGAGUUUCACAAAACAUUGUUUGGUGUUAUAAGAUAAAUAAAAAUAUGCACUGAAAAAAACACUUUUUGAAAAAGCUCUAUUUUGAAUUUAAUGGUGGUGCUAUUACUUUUUUUCUGUUAAUAUGAGUUUCACCAAACAUUUGGUGUUAUAAGAUAAAUAAAAACAUGCACUGAAAAGAUGUGUGGUAGAUGGUUGAUUAUUUGUCAAGUUAUAUAUUUUUCAAAGAUAGCUUUUAAAAUAUGCAAACUGGCAACAUUAAAGCGGUUUAAUCUCCCCUUAAAACGCUAUUGGUCUCGGCUAUUUAAAUAAAAUUUUGGUUUUAGGAAUAUGGCUUGGCCUGAAAAAAGUUCAGUCACAAGAAUUUUUUUCACUUUAAUCCCUGUGUGGUGCCCUUUUAGGGUAUUGAAGUUCUAGUCUGGUAUGAAGUUCCAUUUGUUAUUGUCAUCUAAUGCAUCGGUCUUGCAUUAUGUGGGGUUUUUCAAUCUUUAGCGGCGAAGAUCCUACUUUCAGGAUGAGCCCUUAGUUGGUUUCAGUAAUGCUUCUUUUCAUAUUUGGAGGGAACAAAAAAAAAAAAGAUUUUCCAAGUCAUAGUGGAAUA